ACGCUGCUUUGAGUUCCUGGACCUGCUGCUGCAGGAGUGGCAGACGGGCUCGUUGGAGAGACACGGAGCCGUUCUGACGGAGACGAUAAAGAAAGGGAUCCACGAUGCCGACGCUGAGGCUCGAUCUGUGGCUAGAAAGUGUUACUGGUCGUUCCACGGUCACUUCAGCCGGGAGGCGGAGCAGCUCUUCCAGGGCCUGGAGUCGUCCUAUCAGAAAGCUCUGCAAGCUCACCUGAGGAGCGGAGACAGUCCCAUGUCGCUGCCCGCCUCCGACCGCUCCUCCUCCUCUUCCCAGGAGAGCCUCAAUCGACCUCUGUCUGUGAAAAGCAGCGUUGGAAGCAGCUCAAACAGAUCCAAACCUGCCCACGGCUCCAGGACGUCCGCCGCAGCGCCAUCUCCCGGCUCGCUCCAACGCUCUCGCAGCGACGUGGAUGUCAACGCCGCCGCCACCGCCACGGCUCGCACCAGGAUGCCCGCCGUGCCGUCGUCCUCUUCUCCCUUCGGCUCGGCCUCGGCCCUCCCCCCUGGAUCCUACGCUUCGCUGGGUCGAGUACGAACCCGCAGGACGAGUUCAGGAAACGGUCCGUCCGUGACAGACAGCCGCGGUCGGAGCCGAGGGAAGGUCGUUUCACAGUCCCAACCCGGCAGUCGCUCAGGUUCUCCGGGUCGACUUCUGAGCUCCACGUACGGCAGACUCCCGAGACCGACGAUGGGCUCCGCUGCCGCCAACGCCGCCUCCAGCGGCCUGACCGACAAGAGUCGACCUCGAGGUCACCGCAGCCAGGGCUGCAGCCGAGAGACCAGCCCCACCAGAUCAGGCAUGGGUGAGGACGGUGGAUGAAAACACUGCAACACGGAAACAUUUCAAACCGAUCGCAACGUCUUCGAACGCAAACGUCUCGUUGAGUUGAAGCACCUGAAGGAAGAGAAGCUGCAGAUUAAGAAGUUCAUGUGGCGGCUGAAAGGAACGAACAUUAAAUCAGAAGUUAGAAACUGAGAUAGAAUCCAGAAUAAACCGGGAGGCGAGAGAAGAAGUUUCAGUUGUGACUUAACGAACUGCAGCUUUAGUUACAGUGGCA